CAUUAUUUUAUAAAUCAUCAAUUGUCCUUUUCAAAGCAAGCACAGUUUAUUCCUUUCAACAUGAAAGCAUUUUUAGUAGCUUUGGUUUGUUUAACCGUUUUAUUGAAUUUGGCAGUUGCUACUUCCCCAACUCGUCCACCACCACCAAUUCGUCCAGUUGAAGGUGACGAACCAAAAAUUCCACAACAAAUUGAUAGGACCAUGAUUAAACCAUUGAUUCUACUUUACCCAUAUCCAGGGAUCUUGAUCCCUCAGAGACCAAUGUUACCACCAUCAAUGUUACCACCAUCAAUGUUACCACCAUCAAUGUUACCACCAAUGAGAAUUCCAUUUGAACUUGUAACUCCAGCCCCAUAA